GGGAUUGCUUUUGUGAGAGGCGGCUGUAUUUCAUCACGUCGAUUUCUCAACCAGAGUUACGAUGUCGGUGUUGUUGAGGUGGGUCGCGGCUUCAGAGGGAUUCUAACUGCAGCACAUGAAGUGGGUCACCUGUAAGUUUCUUUAGAAAUUUAGUCUUUGAUUUCAUCCCCGAUUAACGCUAUGUUGUUAUGCUGUUUAACAGGUGUAAGUAUAAUUUAAUAUUGUAUUUAGUAAAAAAUUGUUUUUGAGGAAUUUUGAAAAGUAAGAUUUUAUUUACCUAUUUAUUUCCUUUUGCAAGGCUAGGUGCCUUCCAUGAUGGUGAGAAGAACUCUUCAUCUUGCUCCUCAUCCAGUGGCCAUCUCAUGAGUCAGGUAUGGGCUGACCCUUACCUCUACAACAGGUUCUCUAACUGUUCCAGACAGAACUUCAAACAUUUCAUGGAAAAGUGAGAAUCCCAACAAAGAGAAAUGUGUAUCUAUAAAUUAAUGCUCUCUGGGACCUAGCAUAAGUUCAACAGAUUAUUCAGUCUCAAUCCACAAGCCCUCUUCAGUCUCAGUCCACAAGCCCUCUUCAGUCUCAGUCCACAAGCACUCUUCAGUCUCAGUCCACAAGCCCUCUUCAGUCUCAGUCCACAAGCCCUCUUCAGUCUCAGUCCACAAGCCCUCUUCAGUCUCAGUCCACAAGCCCUCUUCAGUCUCUGUACACAAGCCCUCUUCAGUCUCUGUACACAAGCCCUCUUUAGUCUCUGUACACAAGCCCUCUUAGUCUCUGUACACAAGCCCUCUUUAGUUUCUGUACACAAGCCCUCUUCAGUCUCUGCACACAAGUCCUCUUCAGUCUCUGUACACAAGGCCUCUUUAGUCUCUCCACACACGCCCUCUUUAGUCUCUGUACACAAGGCUUCUUUAGACUCUGUACACAAGCCCUCUUUAGUCUCUGUACACAAGCCCUCUUUAGUCUCUGUACACCAGCCCUCCUUAGUCUCUGGACACAAGCCCUUUAGUCUCUGUGCACAAGCCCUCUUAAGUUUCUGGAUCACAAGGGGAAGAAGCAAAUAGAAAAAGAAGACAGCUAAUCAAUAAAUUAGACACAGGCCCCUGCUUCAAUGUGGAGUUAUUUCUGAUGACCCAUCCCUCUGUAGCUAAAGAAGCGUUGGUAUAAAAGUAGAAUAACAUAUCAUCAGUCUUUCCUUUACCCCUCUUGGCCAAAUGUAUUAAUAAUGCUCAUGAACAUUGUGUGUUCCAAUAAUAAAAAGUGUUGGACUGCGAUAAAGCUUUAAAAUAGAUUAAGAAGACACGAAUAAAUUGUGUCAAUAGUACAAUAUGAGUUUUUAUUAAAGCGUAACUCAUAUUGUACUAUUGACACAAUUUGUUCGUGUCUUAUUAAUCUCUUGUGUUCCAAUAAGUAUUGAGUAAUCAUUUUCAUAAUGGAUUUCAAAUUACAAUAUUUCAAGCAGUGUUAAACAUGAUUUUCUAUUAUGGUAAAAGACUUGAUAUGUUUCUAUUGCUGUAUGAUCAAAGUCGCUGGGCAAAUAUUGUUCACAUCUGUUCUCAACAAUCAUUGUGAGAAUUUUCUCCCUCUAGAGAGUUUAAUGUUUUUUUAUUUAUAAUGACUUAAUUGAAUCUAAUGAACAGUUCAUCAUCACUUCAUUCAUUCUAACAGCCAGCAGCAUCAAGUCAGCUCAUUAUCAUUUAUCAUUAUCAAUUUGACAAACAUGCCCCUUUGACAUAACAUUGGAAUUUGAAUACUUCUAACAGUCUGUGGUAUUCUGAAUAUCUGUACAACAUUUAAAUACUCCAAACAGUACGUGGUAUUCUGAAUGUCUCCUGAGUUCUGACUCCAACUAUACCACAGGUUAUGAAUUUCCUCCCCAUUGGGCAGGGGAGGUGUCCUCAAUAGAGGACCAAUGUCACCAAUACAUAGAGGGAAUACCUUGCGUGGUAGGUUUGAUAGUAUAGGCAUGUCAAGUGUGCUGUCGGUGUGUGUUCUCAUGUGUCUGUGGGGUGUGUGUUCAUGUGUAUCUGUGGAGUGUGUGUUCGUAUGUAUCUGUGGGGUGUGUGUUCUCAUGUGUAUGUGGGGGUGUGUGUUCAUGUGUAUCUGUGGGGUGUGUGUUCAUAUCUGUGGGGUGUGUGUUCAUAUCUGUGGGGUGUGUGGUCGUAUGUGUCUGUGGGGUGUGUGUUCGUGACAUAGACACCCCACUGUGUUCUCAUGUGUCUGUGGGGUGUGUGUUCAUGUGUAUCUGUGGGGAUGUGUGUUCGUAUGUGUAUGUGGGGUGUGUGUUCAUGUGUAUCUGUGGGGUGUGUGUUCAUGUGUAUCUGUGGGGUGUGUGUUCAUGUGUAUCUGUGGGGUGUGUGUUCUGAUGUGUCUGUGGGAUGUGUGUUCAUAUGUAUCUGUAGGGUGUGUGUUCGUAUGUGUCUGUGGGAUGUGUGUUCGUAUGCGUCUCACGGGUGUGUUCAUAUGUGCCUGUGGGGUGUUGUCUCGAUAGGUCUACUGAGAUUUUAGUAGUUUGAGGAAUGCAUGUGGAUAUUUUUAGACAGAUCUGUUUAGGAUGUUCAUGUAUUGUCUUUGUCAUCUGACUGUUAUGGAGUAGCCACUUCUAGUUUACCCUCUGAUGUAUAUAAUAUGCUAUAAGAGUGGCCACAGCUAGUUUACCCUCUGAUAUAUAUAAUAUGCUAUAAGAGUGGCCACAACUAGUUUACCCUCUGAUGUAUAUAAUAUGCUAUAAGAGUGGCCACAGCUAGUUUACCCUCUGAUGUAUAUAAUAUGCUAUAAGAGCGGCCACAGCUAGUUUACCCUCUGAUGUAUAUAAUAUGCUAUAAGAGUGGCCCCAGCUAGUUUACCAUUUGCAGUUUACAAAAUACUCUGGCUCAUUUGUCUGCAGGGUGUUUCCCUUGAGUCCCAGUGUGGUCAGCUGUGCUGUGAGAAGUGGACUCAACAAUUCCCAAGUAAAGAACCAGCUGUAGAUGGCACAUUUUGUGGAGUCGGAAAGGUUAGCUCAAUCUUGACACCAUCGUCUUGA